AUGCAAUACCAACUCAACGCCGUGAAUUACUCUGUGUACAUCCGUGGAUUCCAGAUCCUCUUGUCCUUCCUAGUGUUCAUCCUAGGAAUUGUGACUGUGGCUAAAGUUUCCAUUCUCCAAGACGCUGCUGUGGCCAUCGUCGCUGGUAUUUUCGGGUUGGCCUACUACAUUCCUUUGGUGGUCCCAGGAACAAUCAAAUACUUCUCCCCUGCUAUUUCUUUGGGUUUGGAAAUUUGGCUCACCAUCUGGUGGAUUGUUUCGUUGGGUGUCACCGCCCAAGACUAUGGAGGGGUGACUUGCUCUGAUCUCUAUUUCUCGGAUUUUCAGACCGGGUGUCAAACCGGCCAAGCUACUCUUGCUUUCUCUGUCAUUGGUUUCGUAGUGUCUUUGGUGACUCUUGGCCUUGUUUCGUUUUACUCGGUCCACCCACUUGUCUCCCAGAAUUUAGGCAGUCAAAUGACUAAGAACAACGUGUACUCUCUCGGUGGUAUUGUUCCUGUUGCAGGAUUCGCUACGGCUGCUGACCUCGAGAAGGGUGCUGCUGCUCCAGUCGAGGUCCCUGUUGUUGAUGAUGGCGCUGUGCUCAGUGCUCCAGUUGACAAUGCCACUGCACGUACACAAUCCACUGAGGUUUUGAAGGAAACCGAGCCACACGCCGAGCCAAUUGGUGCUACUAAAGCUGUCUAA